UCUCUCCUUACUCCCAUCAACAAACUCCAAAAAAUGAGCACUCUUUUUGCCCUGACCCUCAUCCUUCUCUCAGUAUCUGCUAUACUAACCAAUGCCAAAUUCUCCGAGCAGUCCCUCGAACUGCAGAGUGCUCACCGUGCUGACAAGGUGAGCCAUCUGCACUUCUACUUCCAUGAUGUAGUCAGCGGGAAGGACCCGACUACCAUCUUGGUCGCAGGGAAGAGGAAUGCAUUUGGCAUGACCACAAUCAUAGAUGAUCCCUUGACAGAAGGGCCGGAGCCCGAAUCAAGAGUGGUUGGGAGGGCUCAGGGACUGUAUACCCAAUCCACAAAGGUUGGUGCGGCUCUGCACCUGGCGAUGACCUUCGUGUUCAAGGAGGGCAAGUACAACGGGAGCUCGAUCAGCAUACUUGGGAACAACCCGUAUCUUGAAGCAGUGAGAGAGCUGCCGGUUGUCGGAGGCACUGGAGCCUUCCGUUUCGCCCGUGGCUAUGCCUUGGCCAAGACUAAGAAGUUUGUGGUGCGGACAGGGAAUGCUGUGGUUGAAUACAAUGUCUUUGUAAUGCAUCAUUGAAAAUUUCCAUCUAUUAAUGUAAACUUUUAUCAAA